AUGGAUCAAAUCUUCAUCUUCAUCCUGCUCCUGCUUAGCUUGUCUGCAACUUUUUCCAAGUACGUUUACAUUGACCAGGAAAUGGAUUGGCGUCAAGCUCAGAUUUACUGUCAGCAGCAUUACACAGACCUGGCCCCUGUCAGUAAUGAGAAGGAUAAUGACAAACUUCAGCAGCUCUCCAGCAAUGUCAAUGACUUUAUGUGGAUAGGACUGGUAAGAAAUUUCUCAAACCGAAAAGAAUGGCUGUGGUCAGGAGGUGGAGCACCAACCUGGUAUUUGUGGGAACCAGGUCAGCCCGAUAACUAUCUUCUGGGUCAUGAAGACUAUGGCUGUAUGCGGGAAAGCAGGUGGUAUGAUGCAAGCCUAUUAUAUAAAAUAACCUUCUUCUGCUACAGUGCAGCACUGGUGAAGCAGGAAAAGACUUGGGAGGAAGCUCUGGAGUACUGCAGGGAGCACCACGAUGACCUGGCCAGUGUGGCAUCUGAGACUGAGAUGCUGCUGAUCCAGAAAGAGUUGAGCAAACAUAACACCACUGAACAUGUCUGGACUGGAUUGCGCUUUCUGGCUGGGGACUGGCUGUGGGUGGACGGGCAGGAGAUGGACUAUGAGGCCUGGGGUGAAGAGGGAAAACCAUCAUGUUCACAUGCCAAGAUAAAGUGUGGAGCCUGGAAGGUCACAGGAGGGAAUAAGGCUGUUUGGGAUGCUCAUGACUGUGAGGAGAGACUACAUUUUAUUUGUUACUGA